CACGCGACAUCACCGUAGUUUUUAUGAAAGCAAACGGGCUGGAGUGAAACACUUAAUGAGCCUUCUAAACGGCGGUUCGAUUACGUGCCCUCUCCGUGGCCUCCCCCACAGGCGCUCGUGGUAUCGCCGCUCCAGCCCCGCCGGACGCGGCGGACGAAACGUCGCCGGGGUCAAUUCAAGUCAUGCAGGUUGUGAGGAGCGCGGGGUCCCGGCUGCUGCGCUGCUGGGUUCGGCCCCGGAACCCGGGGGCGGGAGCCGGGACCUCGGCUCGCACCACGCACUCGGGCGCCCCGGAGCUACAGGAUGCGGCCGCCCAGCAGCCAGCCGUGACGCUGGCGGCCCCGGGCCGCGGCGACUUCAGCAUUUACCCUCCAGUUCCAGGACAGGAAAGCUCUCUGCGGUGGGCAGGAAAGAAGUUUGAAGAGAUUCCGAUUGCACACAUUAAAGCAUCUUACAAUAACACGCAGAUCCAGGUCGUCUCUGCCGCUCACGUGCCCCUGGCCCGCACCUCCUGUGGCACAGAGGGCUUCCGGAAUGCCAAGAAGGGCACUGGCAUCGCAGCACAGACUGCGGGCAUAGCUGCUGCGGCGAAAGCCACGGUGAAGGGGGUGACCCACAUCCGAGUUGUGGUGAAAGGCCUGGGGCCCGGACGCUGGUCUGCCAUCAAGGGGCUGACCAUGGGGGGCCUGGAGGUGGUCUCAAUCACAGACAACACCCCCAUCCCGCACAACGGCUGCCGACCCAGGAAGGCACGGAGGCUGUGAUGGAAGGAAGCCUGCGCUGAGUCUGACUGCCUGUGGACUUGGAGAAGCACGUCAUAGCUGCCUAGGACCUCAGACCCUCCACAGGGCACCACCAGCCAGAGAAACUUGUGCCCGCAUGUGAGGCUGAGCCUCAGACACGAGGUGAACAGAGGCUGCAGCCCCGCUGUCCAUCCUGAGAAUAAAGACUGCACCCUCUAUAG